AAGGAGCCGGGGAAAACAUCAGUCCCAACUUUCUCACCUUGACGGGAACGGAGCGCUCCCGAUGUGUCCCCUCCCGCCGCCCUCCCUGCCGGCCCAGCCUCCCCAGGAGGGCCGUCCGACGGGCCGGGCUCGCCUCGCCAGCUGCCCCCUGUCCCUCUAGCGGGAGAAACCCGAGCAGGGGGGUGUCCCUGGGCACAGUCCCCUCGGUCCCCGCCGCCCGGGGCCGGGCUUGAUGCGGCUGCCAUGGGGCUCGGGGCUCCCCUCGGACCGUGCCUGCUGCGGGCAGGGCUGCUGCUCGCCCUCUGCCCCGCCGCCGCCAGCACCUGGGUGUGGCUGGGCAUCGCCGCCGCCGGCGGGCCCGAGAAGCCGGGCUGCGCCAGCCCUCCGCUGAGCCGCCGGCAGCAGGAGCUGUGCGAGCAGAAGCCGGAGCUGAUGCCCGCGAUCCGGGAGGGAGCGCGCCUGGGGCUCCAGGAGUGCCGCAGCCAGUUCCGACACGAGCGCUGGGACUGCCGCUCGCCGCCCGCCGCCCGCCGCGGCCCCGCCGCCCUCGGGCAGCAGCUGAGCAGCGGCACGAAGGAGACGGCGUUCGUCUCGGCGGUGACGGCGGCGGGGCUGGUGCACUCGGUGACGCGGUCGUGCAGCGCGGGGAACAUGACCGAGUGCUCCUGCGAUGUCACCCUGCGGCACGGCGGCUCGGCCAGCGAGGGAUGGCACUGGGGCGGCUGCUCCGACGACAUCCACUAUGGAAUGGCCUUCAGUAGGAAGUUCCUGGACGUGCCUUUCAAGAACAUAACAGGCAAGAGCGGGAGCGGACUGGCGGCGAUGAACCUGCACAACAACGAGGCUGGGAGGCAGGCUGUAGCAAAGCUGAUGUCCGUGGAUUGCCGUUGUCAUGGUGUUUCUGGGUCCUGUGCUGUGAAAACUUGUUGGAAAACCAUGUCAUCCUUUGAAAAGAUUGGCCGGUUUUUAAAGGAUAAGUACGAAAACAGCAUACAAAUAUCAGACAGACUGAAAAAAAAACUGCGCAGGAAAGAGAAAAGCCAGAGAAAAAUACCAAUCGGGAAAGAGGACCUGCUGUAUGUGAACAAAUCACCCAAUUACUGCGUCGAAGACCAAAGAUUGGGGAUCCCUGGCACUCAGGGCAGAGAAUGUAACCGCACCUCGCAGGGGCCCGAGGGCUGUAACCUGCUGUGCUGUGGGCGCGGGUACAACACCCACGUCGUCAGGCACGUGGAAAGGUGUGAGUGCAAGUUUGUCUGGUGCUGCUACGUGCGCUGCAGGAGGUGCGAGACCAUGACCGACGUACACACCUGCAAGUAAGAUGAAGUACAGGAGGCCUGGCCAAACCAUCCACGCUGUGUGGUGCACUGGGGCAGCAAUCACUGUUACCAUGUGGGAUUUCAUAGGGAUCAGCCUCAGGGGGAACAGGUACUGCCAGACAACGGGGAGCCCAAGCAUGCCGCGACCGAAACAGCUGAGCAAACACCAGGCUGCACGCAGGGACAGCUUAGACAGCAAAAAAGGACUCCUGAUGACACAUUUGAACGUGUUACUCCAUGAGCAGGGACAGAUGCUAAACUUUUCAAGCAUUCAAUAGACACGGUGUCCUGAAGAUCCGUGUGGUGGGUAGGUACAGUGGAAAAAUGUCAAGAUCUCAUUGAGCCAGAGACAGAAGAGUUAAGAGAGUUUGUAAGACACAUUGAAUAUAGUCCUUAUGUCUGUGCUUUUAAAACUGGGACUAGAUGGAUCCACUAGAUAGUUAAUUUUUGCAGACUUCAGAAAAACCCACAAAGGUAGGGAAAGAGUUCAGCUGUUGACCACAAAGCAUUUGCUUUGCAGCCGUUCAGAAAACUGCCUUGUGCAUAAUGUGCAGAAAAGUGUUGGGAAGUGAGGAACAUGUGUGACUGGAGAGAGCUCAGCAGUGUCUGCUGGAAAAGGAGGGUCAAGCUGUGCCCAGGGGAGAGAGGCUGCAGAAUGUGAAUGGGGUACCAAAUAGCAAUCUCAGGAUUUUUAACACGUUGUCCUUCAAACACGCAAGGGAUUAGUCUGAGAAGGGACCAGUUUGACAUUUGAAGGAAAUAAAAUCCUCUGCAGGCAUUUCCUGAGUAUCUGAGCACACAUUUUGCAAGUCAGCUGAUUGUCACCCUACUCUUGAAUUCUAUGCAAUAACCUGCCACAUUCAACCAUGUCACUGGUGGUUCACCAUCAUUAUCAAAAUUUACCAUGUGAGAUUUAGUCCAAAGGAAUCUGCCAUAAAGCAGAUUUUUUAAAACGUAUUUUCUUUAUAGAAUCAGCAGAAUUUUUCAUUAGGUUGCAUCCUCAGUAAGUUCAAUACACAAUGUAAUUUAUAGAUUGACUCACACCACUAAAAUACUUAAACUGUUAAUGAUAACAUUUUCUCUGUCUCCAUAUGUUGGCUUAAUUUUAUUUUACAUCUGUGAAAGAUUGUUUAUUUUUAUGCAGUGAUUUAAUGCCUGGCUUAAAAAGCAUCAUGUGAAAGGAUUACUGUUGUUUAAUUGUGCAAAGAACUAUUUUUGAUAAGACAAGAAAGUUUAUAUUUUGUAAAUAUUUAAAUUAUGCAAGUUAUGUAAAAGGUUUCCAGAACUAAUGUGAUAAGACUACAGCCCUUGAGAUUUGUUGGUCAGAUAUUUGUUAAUAUUUUAGUAGCCUUUAAUUGAUUUUUAUUUGCAUGUGCUGGGGGGAAUGAGUCAGAGAACUGCAUAAAUGUUAGGGGUUUUUACCAUCAGGGUGGUUAUAAC